CUAACUUCCGGUAGCAUCUUAAGAUUUUUGGAAACUCUGUAUGACCACGAACUAAAAGCAUGCUAUCGUAAAAUUGUUAACAUUUAAAAAUGAUCGUCCAGUACCUUGUUGAACGGAAUCUGAACCUAAUGCAAGACUUACUGAUGGGCGAUGCGACGUGACCAGUUCAGCCGAUUGUUUUUAAACACUUCACAUAGAAUAAUAACAUUGAACACACAAAGUUUUUAAAUGCUGAAUGAAAGAUACUGGCCAUCAUCAAGUGGAGAGAAUCACAGAUGAUUGAACAAUCUGUUUACAAGUAAACCAGUCAAAUGGAGGGGACAGAAGAUAUAAAAGAAGACAUCACAACUAAGAAAGAAAAUAAUUGGGACAACUUUAAAAGUGCUUCACCAAGAGCUGCAAGACGGAGUGAGCGAAAAAGAAAAAACAGACAGCCAGUCUUCAGUCCAGAUGAUUUUGCUACAGGAAAACAGGGAUCAUUGUCAUCAGCAUCAACAUCAAAAAAGAAGUGCAAAGGAAGGCACCGACAGCCUGCGUCUUCUGCCAUAAAUAGACCAUAUGAUGUUCUACCAGAUGGCAAACCGUUCAGUUGUGAUCUCUGCCAUUCACCAUAUGUAUGUAACCCACUGCUUUCCAAGGGUGGUUCCCGGUUUCACCGUAGUCGUCACAUGCCCAGUCCAAGACAGAAGAUUAGCCCCAUCACUGGGAAGACACUUACCCUGUGCAAUGCUUGUGGAAAUUCUUUGGAUGGACCACGACUUUUGAAGAAGCCAAUUCUGCCAUCACCUGAAGAAAAGGAAGCUUACAUUGCUAAAGCUAAGAGCUUUGCCAAAGAUGUUGCUGCAGAAGUGCAGGAUUCUAAUGCAGAGAAGCUAUAUUGCCCCAGCUUUAAGAAGAGACCUUGUGGAUGUUUACAAACACACCUUCGUGCUGAUGGAAACAAGACAUUAAUGAGGGAAAGGACUCAGACCUUACUUCACCUAUUCCAAGAGGCCAAAAAAUUAGCAACAGAAAAAGUCUACCAGUCUACUGAGCUUGGAAAGACUUUGUUUGCUAAAAAGAAACUCAGACAAGGUCAAAUAGGUCUUGGAAAUGGGAUGAAGAGGUCUGCUCGGUUUGAGUCAUUCAUUUUGGAAAAACGUACUUACCUGAAAAAGGAGCUGAGGCUGUGCGAGCGUGCAACGCAACGCAUCCUCUGCUACUCAAACAACUUCCUGCACAAAAAGCUCAAGACUGAGCAGCGUGGAAGCCGAAUUAUCCGGCAAAAGGGAAAAGCUGCCAUGGGCCUUCUUGAGCCUUUGGAGAAGAUUGCACACUGGCGUUGCUGCGUUGACCACUGUGUUCGAAUUAUACACUCACACCGAAACCUGCUACAGCAGUGGAGAAAGCGUGCCAGCAUCAGUCAGAGCGAGGCUCGCCGUGUUUUAGCUGAGAUGCUUACACCUUCUGGUGGUGUAAGGUCAAACUGCUACAAAUUUAUUGGGUGGAUCACUGGGUGCAGUCACAGCACCAUUGGAAAAGUCCGAGACCACAUGCGACGCACAAAGGGAGACCGCGAGCCUCCAGCACAUGGUCUUUUGAAUUAUCGACGACAAACUUCCCACUCACACACAGAGACACAGCCAGCCACAGCUACCAAAACCAAAGAUGCUUGUAAGUCCUCUCCAAAGAAGCCAUCUUCAUCUUCAAAUGUUCAGAAGUCAAUAAGCUUGCCUGAACACCUAGCACUUAGUCCAGUAAGUGGCUUGUCAUCAAGUGAAAAGAAUGCAGAGCUGGAACAGCAGCAGCAGCAAUUAAAGCUUUUACAGCAGCAGCUCUUGGAACAGCAGUCUGCUAUGGAGCAACAGCAACAGCUGCUGCAGCAGCAGAUUUUGACACAUGCCAGCGUUCAGUUGUCCCACAAUGCCACAAGUUUGGCUGACAUUCAACAGCAGGUACUUUCACAACUGGCCCAGCUGCAAGGAGCUCAGCAACAGCUGGCCUCUUCCAUCCAAGCCCUGCAACAACAACUGGUCACAGCCCAGCAGCAGCAAAAGCAGCUUAGUAUGAGUGCUGCACAGCUCUCUCAGCAAGCAAGCUUACAUCAUCAGGAGCAGGCUGCUUGCCAUAUGCCACAAGGGGCUGCUGUGCAGCAAAGAGUGGGCUCAGUGCAGGAGCUGCUUGCUGCAGUUCCUCAACAACACACAGACACACCACGAUCACAGCAAGGUGGUGUUUCUGUACAACACAGUGUGGUCACAUUGCAGCAGUAUCAGCCAGUACAGCAGCAGCAGCAGCAGCAGGCCUUUAUGAAUCAUUACACGCCUCAUUCUGCCCUGACACAGCUCAACUUACAUGCUUCAGUUCCCUCACUGACAAGUUCGUCAUAUAGCCAUCCACAGUAUUUCACACAGACUCAACCACAAGAAGGUUUACCUGCACGAUCACACCAGGACACAGACAGCUGGAAAGGGACAAUCCCUUUGACCCCCCAGCAGUCAGCUGUUGCCUUUCCUAACCAACUGUCACCACUGCUGCACACUCAUCAAGCUCCUGGAGCGGCACCCCUACCAUUACCACAGCAACAACAGCAUUGCCUUAGAACCAGGCAGCAAGAGCAGUGCCUUGCAGUUGGGGUGCCACAUCAGGCAGCUCACUCAAUGGGCGAUGUGAUGGUCCUUGUGUCACAGCAAGGGCCGAGCACCAGGGAUCAGCAGCUGUCACCAGCACAGCAGACUAUUCCUGUUUUGUUCUCGUAUCCUCAGCCACAACUGUCACUUCAUCCAGGACUUGGAACUUCUGUUACUUGUCCAUGGCAGCAGCAACCACAGCAGCAAGCCCAUCACCUGCAGCCAAAGAGCAUGCACAUGCAGCAGUUUCAGCAACAUCUACAUCAGCCGCAUGUUUUACCUCAGCAGCAUCACUUACAGCAGAUACAUCACCUGCCACAGGAAACAGAUCAUCGAAACCAGCCUCCACUUCGACAUCAAACCAGCAUGGCACAAGCACAGGAAGGUCAGUACAUGCAACACAGCACAGGAGCAGACAACAACCAGCCGACGCAAGUUAUUCAGCCUCCCCUGCAUCUGCAUACACAUGAACGACAGCUGCAGGUAGCAUCUGUUUUGUCAGAAACUUCCCAGAUGCAAGCUUUGCAGUCACAUGCAGUUGUCAGCCUAUCGAAUCCAGUAACACAGAAAAUGAUUCCUGCCUUAGAACUCUCUGUGCAUCCUACACAAUCAGCACCUAACCCACCUUCUCUUGUACAAGUGUCUUUGAUGUCUCAGUCUCAGCCAGGCCCUGAAGGGAGGUUACCUACACAAUGUGUUCCUGCUCCGUCUCCUUUAGCAUCCUCAUUGACAGAUCAUCAAACUGCAUCGCAAGCGUCCUCACCAGUAUUUAUUCCUGUAGCUUUGCAGGUUCAUGCACCCAGGCCUGUCACCCAACCAACCUACAGUGUAGCAAGAGAGGAAGAUCAGAGUAAAAUGGCUGAUCAGGGUACUUUGAGAAAUAGAGGUGAAAUCCCAGGCAGCACGUUUUCUGCCAGUGUUGCUCACCAUCAGCCUGCUUUUUGUGAGAAAACAGUUCCCAGUCUGCUCAACAACUCUAGUGUUGCUUUGCAGAGUCAGAAUAUUCCAAGAGGAAGACAUCCAUUCAACAGUCAAAAUUUGGCGGCAGCAGGUCAUCACAAGAUGCUUGUUCAGAGCAUUGUUGUGCCAGGACCCCCAUACCUACCAUUGCAGCACCAGGCUCACAAUCACCCACAGUGCCUAGCUCCGUUGCAUGGUUCUAGCACUGUGCAGAUUGUUUCUCACAGCAUAGCAGACUCAAAUGCUGGCCCAAUCCCACCCGCCUACAGCAAGACACAGACGAUCACUGUCCCUACUUCUGCAGUCAGUUGUUCCCAAGGGGUCAUGAGGGCAACCGGCGGCAAAGUGCAGACUGAUACUUGUCCCACAUUUAACUCCUCAGCUCCAAAUAUGGUGGAAGUCUUGAAGCCCAAGUGUCAGCCCCAUAUUGUGAUUACUUAUCCAUUACAGACACCGUCACUGACUCAUCAUCAGUCUUCUAUGCAGCCAGCAACCAUUUCUACUUUGCCAGCUCCUCGUGAAUCUGUGGGACAAUCUGUCAAUGCACCUCAGAUAUUGAUCUUACCAUCAUCAGCCCAGGAUGAAAGAAUUUUGGGGAGGUCACUUGUGGAUUCUUUACACAUAGACAUUUGUGCUGACAAAUCACAGGUGCCACUUAAAGUGGCAAAUAUUACUCAGAGUAUAGUGAGUGAAGCAACCAUCCUGCCUCAGCAGGUCCAGACUAAAGACCAGGUUGUGAGAUCACAUGUAAAUAGUCUGGAUAACUUGAGAACUUUUGCUACAUCAGAGACCAGAUGUCCCUUGCAGACAGCAGCAAACAAGGAUCAACUGUCAGCCAAUGAUAACAUUCUAAUUGUAAAGGCUCAGCAGAAUGAUGUAAGCAGUCCAUCCCCUAGCACAAGUAUGGCAUCAGAUCCUCUGCUAAAAAACAUGGGCAACAUGGGAAGUGGAAAGAACAAAAACUCAGGUGCUUAUGCCAGAACCAAUGAAGUGUCUGGAGCAAAGGUCACAGCAGAGCAAGUUGCCUCCAGCCAAAAUUCUUUUGCUGCCAGUGUAUCAGUUGGUGAGUUGCAAAGAAAAAUUAUCAUAAACGCAAGCACAAUAAAUAAAAAUUCUUUAGGAUCAUUGACCUUUCCUGUCUUUAAUAGCAACCUUCACAAAGACUGCAGCACUGCUCAAGUUACAGUAGAGCAUACUACAGACACAGCACUUGGACUGUGUCAGAAGAUGUGUCCAAUCCAUGAUUCCAUCAGUGCUUCAGAGAGCAGCAAUAGCAUAUCAGUGUUGAAGCCAGUGACCAUAUGUUCAAGCACAACUACUGCUAGCACUCCAUCAUCUUCCAGAACUGUGGCCAUGCUUUUGAGCCCAUCCAGAGCACCUUCUGGAGAUUUCAUAACACCAAUUACACAAGAAGCUAAGCAGCCAAAAAUGGCUUCAUCUGUAAAUGAUGUAUCAAGAGUAGAAAAAGAAACUUUUCAGUCCUCGUCAAAAACAGAGCCCAUUUUACCAGCUUGCAAAGUGCCUAACCAUUUGGAAAGAGCAUUGGAGCUUACAACCACUGCUGAUGGGACUAAAGUGCAAGUUUCAUCUUCUGGUAAGAAGGAGAAGCAAAAACCUAGACAUGUGUCCAAAACUAGAGUUGCAAAUUCUCGAGGACAAAUAGCAAGAGCUACAGGAGAUGAUGGCAGGGUUUCUGUUCAAGUGUGCAUGCAGUCCCAAGGUUCAUCAAGUCACCUGGUAACCCAGGCACAUUCUACUCAGAGUGCGAAGGGCUCUCACCUGGCAGGUACAGCAGUAGAAACAUUAAAACCUGCAGGCACUUUAUCAACAAAAGCAUCUUCUGUGCUUUCUAGUUUGGUGACCACAACCACUGCUAUUAGCACUCCGAUCCCAGCUGUUGGCAGCAAUAUUUCCAGUAUACAACUUUCUACACCCUGCAUGGGGUUGGGGCUAGAACCUUCUGGUGUCAUCCAGAUCAUGGCUGCUGCUUCUUCCAGCAGCCCAACUCUUCCCGUUGUCACCACAUCUUCAGUGUCUGUUCCCCAAAGGAUAGCCAGCCAGGCUUCUGGAACAGCAUCUGCAUCUUCUAGCUUAUUCCCCUCAGCAGUUGUUCUGAAUCAGGUCCCAGUGGCCAGCCUGCCAGUUCAGAUUGUAGAUGUGUUGCCGUUGUCUUCAAGUGGCUCUACCACAGUGCAGACUUUGCCCAGGCUUCCAACCUCACUGCCUGUGAUAGCAGUUGGGCAAAGCUUAGCUUCUGCCAGCAGUGUCACAGCAGUCAUAGCUCCUGGAUGUUCUCAGCAGAAGAAUGUGCUUGCUCAUGCAGACCCUUCAGAGACGGCUAAAAUAUGUGUUGCUGAAGCACCUGUGAUCAAAGCUCACUGUGCAAAAAGAAGAAACAAAAGAGUUGAAUUUGCAGGAGGGCAUGAUGGAUACUCUUCAAGUUCCAGAACUAUCACUGCCCUAAAGGCUCAGGAAGAUCAUCGGGAUAUCAUACAUGAAGAGGAUAGCAACCAACGUUCACUUAGUUUUUCUAGAGUAAAUGUUCCACCAAAGGAUGCUGCUACUGCAGCUCCAACAUCUGGUGUAGGGGAAAAGGAAGCCGAAGAUGCUCGACCAGACAAAAAUAGUGCCUUAGGACAAGAAAUGAUGAGAAAAGCUCCUGUAGGUUCUCCUGCUCUUCUUUCUUCAAGCAUUGUGUCCCAGUCCUGCAGAGCAAAAUCCCUUGUUUCUUCUAUGCCUGCAGCACAUACAAAUAACCUGUCUAAUUGUGACAGUGGUCAUGGGAACUCCCACCAGUCACAGGUGUGUCCACCGAAAGUACAGGUUCCUCUAGGCACAGGACUUUCACAUGUCCCUUCUGGACAUUUAUUGGAUCAGAAAGAGCAAGACAGAUUAGUUGGUCUGUCUGGUCAACCUGCAUUUGAUAGUCACCACACCCAUGUUGUUGUUAGCCUGUCGGACAAGACUGCAUCAAUAUUAGAAUCCAAAACACAUGAUCAGCAACCAGGCCAAGAGUCUUUCUACCCAUCAUCCAAGAGUGGUCAUCCCAAAGCAGUCUACAGCCUCAAUAAAACUGAGUCAAGUGCACUGGUCAGCCUCGACCCUUUUGUGGGCAAAGAUGUGCAUAAAGAGCGUGCAGCUAGGUGGUGCUCUGUUCCAAAACCUAUCCAAGGAAAUAGUUCUGCCUCUCACAUAACCCAAUCUGACCUCUCUCAGAUUACAUAUCUCACUUCUGAGGCACCAACUCAUGUUGUUGAACCCUCUUCUUCAAAAACAAAAAGACCUGUUAAUCUUGGAGAGAUGUCUCCAGCCACAAGAGCAGAUUGUAGGCCUUCUUCAAGACCUGCAGUCAUUUCAAAAACGGAAUUAGUAUCUGUGAGGCCCAUGAUGAAAUCAGGCCAUGUCUACCUCUCUGCAACUGAGCUCAGUGGCAAAGAGAGUGAAUCAGCUUGUGCAAAAGUUAACCUCUCUGCAAGUUCAGACCAUGUGACCAGUGGCACAGUGAAGGUUUCACCUCGGAAGCAGAUUUCUUCCACAUCUGGCAACACCAAGCACGUACAAAGGGUGAAAUCUAUUGCCACUUGCACUGGAUCCCAGUUGGUCAAGGAGCCUCAGAGUCACCAAAGACAGCUCAGUAAACACUCCAAUGACAAGGAGAUGCUGCAUUUUCCACCAUCUCUUCAAAGUUUCCAUCAGCAAGAAGCCUCCAUAAUUUUGCCUAUCUCAACGGCAGCUGCAUCUUGUCCUGCUGGUGAUUUCACAAUGUUCAAAUCAACUCAGGUGUUUCCAGGUGUUUCUGCUGCGCAGACAACUGCCUCACACCAGACACAUCUUCAGGCACCUGAUGCAUAUUCACACCCACCGUCAACUGCUCAUCCUUUGCUUGCUUCUCUGCCUUCAACAAAUGGCCUGACAUUUUUCCUGGGGGCACCUCAACCAUUUCAUCAAGAGCCUCAGCAGACUCUCACUCAGUCACACAUUUCCUCUUGGCAUCGAGACGGAGUGCUGACAGGAUCACCUUUACGUGGGCUGGACUCUGAUCUUGACGAGGCUUCACGUGACACUGAUGUAUUGCAGGGACAUGGAAUUCUUCAUGCUUUGUCCUCCUCUGCUUCAUCUUCUUCGCGCAGCAGGAAUAGUUCUGGAGCUUCUAGCAUUGAGCCGUCCAUUACCAUCGACCCAGCUUCCUUGCCUCUGGAUAUCAUGCAGAUGAUCAUGCAGCAUGGUCUUGCUCUCACAGUCACUGAAGUUGUAGCCCCUGGCACUGGUGAGGAUAUGUGACUUCAGUGAACAGUCAUGAAACAUCGCAAACAAAAAGCAGUUUGACAUGUGUUUACAGUGUCAUUGCUAUAUUUACACUGGUCAGAAGUUGGUUUAAUUAUGUUCACCUAAAGCAUAAGAUUAAGUUUACAAAGGAGUUUUUGACUUUGCUCCUUCUGACUACUAGUUUCUGCAAGUUGCUUAUAAUGUGCUGUCUUUAAGACCAUGAUUUGGAAUUGCUUUGUUUUUCUUCUUCCACCUUAUCAGCUGCUUCAUCCAUCCAGUGCUACCUUCCCUCCCCAACCUUGCAUCAUCGUUUUCUAACCGAAGUGUUUCAACUUUUUUCCAAGUCUUUGCCCUCCUGGUUCAAGUCCCUUGGUGUUUAAGAAAGCUGAAGGUGUAAUUACUGUUGACCUUGUUCUCCAUUCACAUUGACAUGCUGAGAAGUGUCUUGCAAUGUUCUUGUUCCCUUCAUACUUUCACACACAUACAACAGAUGCCACUGGACAACCACAUACAUCCUGCAUCCUUCACCCAAUCAACGAUUAGGCAGCAUGGACAAGAGAAAGACUUUCUUCACCAUUAACCCCCACCUACGUGUGACAGGGUGGAUAGGUGACUAAUUCUCUACCCCUUUGAUGCUAUAAAGUCUUGCGAGUCAGGUGCUAAAGAACCCUCAGGGGUUACUGUCUAGCUGUUAGGCAUACCUGUUGAGAUGGUCUCGAUAUCAUUAAUACCACCACUGGCCAGCUGGUCAUGCUUGAGUAGCCAUUUAAGGGAAAGAGUGUGACAUCAAGGAACACCACUUUUGCUGCAACGAGGUCAUUUGGUGCCAGGAUGUCUUGAGGCAGAGGCCAGAGGGCAACCUACAUUGCUCAUUGUCUCCCCAGGAGAUUGGCCAGUGCUUUGGGAAGUGUACUAGUACUGACCAUUACAUGUAUCAUAAAUUGUAGAUCUGCAUGGGACCAGCAGCACAUAAACUUAAGCAGGGCCUGUACCAAUUACAGGUCACAACAGCUUCAAGUUUGUUGCCUCUGGCACUAGCACUUUUUAGUAGAACCAAUCUCCUGACUUUUGUCAUUUUUCUUUUCCUCUGUGCAGCUCUAGUUUUAUGAGCUGGAUGAAGGGGUGGUUGCAAUAGGCAGUGGAAAGCCUGAAUGGUCACUUGUCUGUCACGCACUGGCCAGGGUAGCAAUUGGUUGUAGCUAUGUAAUUGAAUAGUCUGAGGAUGUAUGGAUAUGCAUGACCAUUUAUAUGUGGAGAGUAUGUUGGAAAUGUGGAUUUAACAUCAUGCCGGACUCCAAAAUGAUUCUUCACCCAUGGACUCUUGAAGGGGGCAGAUUGUAAGGAGGGACUUAGACAAGAUUGUGUAAAGUCAAGUCUCUAUCAGUAUGGAGUCCCUAUCACCAGACAAGGGUAUUAGUAUAAUGACUGCUCCAGCACAACAUGCCAUGAUGUGUGUAGCCAAGAGCUGAACUCCUAUCUCGCCAGUAGUUGGCUGUUCUCGGUGUGAGAAGUUGCUUGUGUCAUGACACUCGGUACUGUUUGGCUUUGAACAGUAGGCUCAGGCCUUUGGGUGAUGGAAGUGAUGUUCUUGUACUAGGAGACUGGUUCCAUGAGCAGUCAAUUCAGUCUCUUCAGUACAUGUCUGUGCAGGUGUAAAGCCAUUGAUGAGUGACAAGUGAGAUCCAACAGUCUGUGUAUCACCAUUUUUUUUUUCGGGAGAGUCCAUACUGAGAGUCCAUACAGUGUAAUGUGGCUGAAGACUGCAUGAACAAGUGCAGUGUCGAGUGUAUGCAAGUUAAGGGUAGGAAUUGUGACUACUGUUUGGAUUUGCUGUAGGGAAGGAUUAACGGGACACUUAGAUAACUAGCCAAACAUUCUUGUAUGUUUUGAUUCAUUUGUAAAGCUCUUGACCACAUGAAUAGCUUGCAUAUAUUUUACAUUGUGUUCUGUUGUUUACUGGGACAUGCGUUGAAGAAUCAGAACAAAUUGUGAAAUUGUUAAAGAGCAGUAUGAGUAUCUUGCACUUAUAUCAGCAUGGGUAAUUGAGUAGUGUAAUACUAGCCAAAGGCAGCAGCUUAGCUACAACACAUCUAUUCCACAGGCCUGUUCCCCAAGGCUCACAACAGACACCCCUUUCACCCACCGACUGGAAGACACACACAUACAAAAACUCUUACACAUAAAGAAAACAAAAUAUUUAAACAAAAGCAUUUAUAAACAAAAUUGAUAAACUAUUGCACAAUAUUUCACUGUGAAAAGCAGUCUGUAUACUCAUAAGGUUUGCAUAAUUGAUGCAAUAAGAAAAAAUAUACACAACCACAGUACUUUUUGCCUAUUUAGACUGAAAUCUAAGUUUUACACCAGGUUUUAAUUUUUUUCCCACAUUCAUUAACCCCAUUGACCCAUCACUAACACAGAUACAAUGCUUAUGUUAUUUACAAAUAAAGUAGUCUGAAAACCUUUUGGCACAAGAUUCCUGAGUUUUAAAUUCAACAGGCACUAGAGUAAUACUUGUUGUAAAUGCAUCUUCGUUAGGCAUGAUAAUAAAUUUUUCACUCUUGUA